UUGAUUUGAUCGUUUAGAUUCAUCGUAUGACUGCUUGAAUGAUUUCAGGGUCAUCUAUUCAGUGUUCCUUAUGCACAGGAGAACAGAUCUAUGGGGACCAGAUGCGUUGGAGUUUGAUCCGGAUAGAUGGCUCGACGAGCGUAUGCAGAAAUAUGUGCUUCGUAAUCCCUAUAUCUUCCUUCCAUUUAACGCGGGACCGAGGAUUUGCUUGGGGCAAAAUUUUGCCUACAACCAAAUGUCGUUCAUGCUUAUUCGUUUGCUGCAAAACUUUUCCGCAAUUGCAUUGUCCCCCGAGCCUGCAAUGUGCCCACCUGCGUGGUGGGCUGAGAAAGACGGUCGACAGGCCAUUGAGCGAUUCAAGCCGAGACACCACUUGACACUUUAUGCCCAUGUGAGUCCCUCUGAUAUGCUUUCCAGCCACCUAAUUGGGUUCUCCUCACAGGGUGGUAUGUGGGUCAAGAUGGAAGCUGUAGAUGACGCCGAAGUCAUACAGUGACUAAAUAUGACUUUCUUGCUAUAUACAGGCACAUCGACAUGCCAUAUCACCAGUAUUUUUUCUUGCAAGUUUAUAGAAUGGCCUAUAAGUGUAAAGCUUCCACAUA